UGAUUGAUUGUGAGGAUCUUGCCAUCUUCAACUCUGUUCUUCUUCCUUCUUCUUCCCUUUCCCUGCUGGUACUUGUACAUAGAUCAAAGGAAUCAUCAAAGCAAGCAGCAGCAACCGCCAUGCUCAUGCCAUGCUUCUUGCAGCCAAAUGGAUCAAGAUUCUCUCUUGUCCUUCAAGCUUGCCAUUUCCAGCCCAUCUCCUUUGAAUUGGUCAUCUGCAGUUGACUGCUGCUUCUGGGAAGGCAUUGCCUGUGAUGCUAAUGAUCAGGUGACCCGUCUAUGGCUGCCUUUAAGAGGCCUUCAGGGAACAAUUUCGCCAGCCAUCAGAGACCUCACCGGUCUAUCUCAGCUCAAUCUCUCACACAACUGGCUCUCUGGUUCAAUCCCAAAUGGAUUCUUUUCCUCCUCCAAUCAACUUCAGAUCAUUGACUUGAGCUAUAACCGUCUGUCUGGACAACUAGCGUCAUCUGAUAGCCUGCCUGCUGCUGUCAAGACAGUGAAUUUGUCAGGCAACCACUUGACUGGAACAGUACGCUCUUCCUUUCUCCAGUCGGCUUGGAAUUUGACAGCUUUUAACCUCAGCAACAACAGCUUCAUCGGCCCAAUUCCUGAUUCCAUUUGUGCCAAUUCACCAUCUGUCAAGAUCCUGGAUUUUUCACUCAAUGACUUCUACGGCCUGAUUCCCCAAGGAUUUGGAUUGUGUUCCAAACUGGAGGUCUUGCGUGCAGGUUUCAACAAUCUAUCAGGGUCGCUCCCCACUGACAUCUAUGAUGCCGUGGCUCUCCAAGAAAUCUCUUUUCCCGGCAAUACCCUCACCGGUCCCAUUGAUGAUAGAAUCAUUAACCUCACCAACCUCAGAAUUAUCAAAAUCUUUGGUAACAGAUUGAACGGCUUGAUUCCUCAGCAUAUUGGGAAGCUGAGGAUGUUAGAAGAGCUGCAGCUGCACGUUAACAACCUGAUUGGCACUCUACCCCCAUCUCUGGUCGACUGCACCAAACUCAAGGUACUGAAUUUAAGGGUGAAUUACUUCAGAGGUGAACUCUCCUCCCUUAACUUUUCGACGCUCUCUCAACUUAUUUCGCUGGACCUUGGGGACAACAACUUCACCGGCGGCCUGCCAGUAAGCCUUUUCUCAUGUAAAUCCUUGACCGCAGUUCGACUGGCCAACAACCAGCUGCAGGGUCAAAUUCCGCCUGCCAUUGUCGAGUUACAAUCACUUUCCUUCCUCUCGCUGUCUCUGAAUAACCUGACUAAUUUCACUGGAGCAAUCAAGAUUCUCAUGGGUUGCAAGAAUCUAAGCACCAUGGUCCUAACAAGGAAUUUCUAUAAUGAAGCAAUGCCAGAUGAUGAGAGCAUAGUGGAUUCAGAAGGAUUCAAGAAUCUUCAGGUUCUGGGUCUGGGUGGUUGCCUAUUCACUGGUCAGAUUCCAACCUGGCUGGCUAAGCUCCAGAACUUAGAGGUAGUAGACCUGUCGUACAAUCAAUUCACAGGCUCAAUUCCAGGUUGGUUGGGGACUCUUCCUAACCUCUUCUACUUAGACUUGACAAGUAACCUCCUUGGGGGAGGCUUCCCCAAGGCACUUACUCAACUGCCAAGACUAGCAUCAGAACAGAGUUCUGAUCAAGUAGACAAGAGUUAUCUGGAGUUGCCAGUCUUUGUUCGACCCAACAACGUGUCUUACCUGCAAUACAAUCAGCUAGCCAGCCUGCCACCAGCAAUAUACUUGAGAAACAAUACCCUCGGUGGUGAUAUUCCCGUUGAGAUUGGCCAAUUGAAGUUUAUUCAUGUGCUGGAUCUCAGCAUAAACAGAUUCUAUGGCAACAUACCAGACCAAAUUUCUAAUAUGACUAAUUUGGAAAAGCUUGACCUCUCUGGCAAUAAUCUCUCUGGUGGAAUUCCAGCAUCCCUAAAGAGUCUCCAUUUCUUGUCUUCAUUCAGUGUUGCAUACAACAAUCUUCAAGGACCAAUACCAGUGGGAGGUCAGUUCGAUACUUUUCCAAACACCAGUUUUGCGGGCAAUCCAGGGUUGUGCGGUUCAGUUUUGCACCAGCCUUGCUCUUCUCAGCCAGAUACCACGCACCCUUCUGCUGCACCUAAUAAAAGCCCCAAAAAGAAAAUCAUCAUCGGACUCAUCCUUGGCAUUUGUAUUGGCAUUUGCUGUACUUUCACCGCCUUAUCAUUUUGGAUAUUCUCCAAGAGGAGGAUUCUUCCAAGAGGUGACCCUGGCACGAUCGAUCCAGAUACAAUUUCCUUCAAUUCUGGGGUGUCUACUGAAGCCGGCAAGGAUGCCAGUGCCGUAAUGAUCUUUCCAAACAAUACGGAAGAGAUCAAGAAUAUCACAAUAGCUGAGGUUCUGAAAGCCACCGACAAUUUCAAUCAAGCCAACAUUAUUGGUUGUGGGGGUUUUGGAUUGGUCUAUAAAGCAACUUUAGCAAACGGUUCCAAGUUGGCUAUUAAGAAACUGUCAGGUGAGAUGGGUUUGAUGGAAAGGGAAUUCAAAGCAGAGGUAGAAGCUCUAUCAACAGCCCAUCACAAGAACUUAGUUUCCCUGCAAGGUUACUGUGUGCACGAUGGCUCUAGGUUAUUGAUAUAUUCCUACAUGGAGAAUGGAAGUCUUGAUUACUGGUUGCAUGAGAAGGCUGACGGUGCAGCACAGCUUGAUUGGCCAACUCGAUUGAAGAUUGCCCAGGGAGCAGGCUAUGGGCUGGCUUACAUGCACCAGAUCUGUGAACCACAUAUAGUGCAUCGUGAUAUCAAGUCCAGCAACAUCCUCCUCGAUGACAAGUUUGAAGCACAUGUUGCGGAUUUUGGAUUGUCCCGAUUGAUCCUUCCUUAUCAUACUCAUGUUACCACUGAACUAGUUGGCACACUGGGUUACAUCCCCCCAGAGUAUGGCCAGGCUUGGAUAGCCACUUUGAGAGGAGAUAUAUACAGUUUUGGGGUAGUCAUGCUUGAGCUACUGACUGGGAAGAGACCUAUGGAAGUAUUCAGGCCAAAGGUGUCAAGGGAACUGGUUGUGUGGGUGCAGCAAAUGAGGAGCGAAGGAAAACCAGAAGAAGUCUUUGAUCCUCUGCUCAGAGGCAAGGGGUUUGAAGAAGAGAUGCUGCAGGUGCUUGAUGUGGCCUGCAUGUGUGUAAACAGGAAUCCUCUGAAAAGGCCAACAAUUACCGAAGUGGUCGAUUGGCUCCAGAAUGUAGGAGCCAACAGGCAGCCACCAAAAUGGUAAAAUAACAAUAACAAAAUUACAUACUUCACAGAAUUUGAGCAUAUUCUUAUCACAGAUUCCAGUGUAACUAUACUUGUAAAACUAGUUGGCUGUGGAGGUGAUCAAUUUUUCGUUAAGAAAUCUUAUGGAAAUACAUGACCCACAAAACACGUUCCACAA